GGCCCGUAUAUAUUGACCCGUCCAACUUUCGCUCUCACACUUUGGUGCGUGUGGCUGAGUUUGGACACAAUCCAGUGGAGAUGUCGCAGUAUUCUGGAAAGAUCGUGUUUUACGAGGGCCGCUGCUUCACCGGCCGCCGGCUGGAGGUCUACGGUGACUGUGAUAACUUCCAGGACCGUGGCUUCAUGAACCGGGUGAACUCCAUCCGCGUGGAGAGCGGCGCCUGGAUCUGCUUCGAUCAUCCGGACUUCAAGGGCCAGCAGUUCAUCCUGGAGCGCGGAGAGUAUCCCGAGUUUCAGCGCUGGAACUCACACAACGAUCACAUGGGCUCCUGCAGACCAAUCAGGAUGCACGGCGAGCAGUACCGCAUGCAGCUGUUCGAGGGCUGUAACUACACGGGGCAGUGCAUGGAUCUGUGUGACGACUGUCCCUUCCUUCAGAGCCGCGGGUUCAACACUAACUGCAUCAACUCUGUGCGAGUGUUCGGAGACGGAGCGUGGGUGAUGUAUGAAGAGCCGAACUUCCGCGGCCGCAUGUACAUCGUGGAGCGAGGUAAUUACUGCAGUCAUAACGAGUGGCAGGCGCAGAACCCCAACAUCCAGUCCAUCCGGAGGAUCGUCAACUACUUCUAAACCCUCCAGCAUCCUCACCGGGACCCUGCUUCUCUCUCAGCAUGUAAAAUAAACUCUAAACCACAGUCAAGAUGGUAUUUUAUCACA